AUGGCUUCCGUCUACACCACGGAGAAGAGCAACAAGGACUUUCGUGUGGCCAUCGUUGGAGGCGGUAUGACUGGUCUGGCAUGUGCAGUCGGUCUGGCUAGAUUUGGCAUACAUUGCGACAUCUUUGAAGCAGCACCUAAAUUCGAUGAAGUAGGAGCUGGGGUGGGACUAGGUCCUAACGCGCUGAGAGCACUGGAAGGACUCGGUCUUCUUGAUGCUGUCCUCGCCAACACCGAUGAAGCCCAAAAGGCAGCCCGCAGAAUGCUCUAUAUUUCCGGUAUCGGCGACCAUGAACAAGUCUAUGAUUACGAGACAUGCUCGACUUUCACAGACGCUGACCGAGGUAUUGGGAUAUUCCGACCAGCAUUCCUUUCAGCAGUUUUACCUCUGCUCCCCGAUCCAAAAGUUACACAUUUCAAUAAACGAUGCACUUCCAUCUCCGCCUCGUCUGCAGCUUAUUCGAUCCACUUUGCUGAUGGUUCAACCCACGAAGCAGACCUGGUCAUUGGGGCAGAUGGGAUUCGGAGCACAACUCGCGCUGCUGUUGUGGGCGAUAAGAAGGUUCUGAAAUUCACCAACACGAGUGCCUAUCGCGGUUUGGUACCUUUGCAAACGCUGAUUGACGAGGGAAUCAAGACCGACAUGAGUAAGCGCGUUCUCAACUUUGUUGGUAUCGACAAACAUAUCAUUUCGUUCCCAAUCCGUUCCGGGCAGAUUAUUAAUGUCGUGGCUUUUGCUACCGACAACUCAGUACCGGUUGGUUCUGUGGAGGUUAAUGGGCCAUGGGUCCAGCCUGCCUCGCAACAAGAACUACUAGACCGGUACGAAGGAUGGGGACCAGACGUUAUGAUCAUCUUAAAGCAGCUCAAGACUCCGAACAAAUGGUACAUCCAUACUCUCGCACCUCUUGAAACUUUCGUCAAGGGCAAGGUCGCGCUAAUUGGUGACGCGGCACACGGGAUGGUUCCCCACCUAGGAUCGGGAGCCGGACAAGGCUUUGAGGAUGUCUAUGUUCUCUGUCAGCUGCUUGGUCAUCCAGCCACCAAUAUUUCGAACCUCGAGGAUGUUCUCAAAGCUUAUGAUGCUGUGAGGCAGCCACGAGCCAAUAUGGUGUUGUCAGAGAGUCUUCGGUCGGGGGUAAUUUGCGAGUCGUUUGGGCUGCCUGGAUAUGGAAUGGAUGAUAUGGAAGGUCAUCUGGCGAAUAUUUGGGAUCCAAUAUGGCGGCACGACCUAGAUGGAGAUGUGUUGUCGGCCCUUGUACGGCUCGGCUGGAGCUCAUGA